AUGGAGCAUAUUCAGCAGUUUUCAAUGGAGCAUAUUCGGCCGACCACGAAUCUGGACCCGCUCCCCCCGGACAUCCGCAACGGGAUGAUCGCGAUGGGCAUAUUCGGGGUCCUGUCGACUGUGUCCACCUUCUCUCUCAUGGCCAUCAUCACCCACCGCAUGAUCUACUGGCGCCGGUACUUCGACCAACCGAUCGCCACGAACCAGAUCUUCGUCCUCAUCUACAACCUCCUCCUGGCCGAUUUCCAGCAGGCGCUCAGCUUCGUUAUCUCGUUCCACUGGUUGGCCCAGAACAAGCUCGUCGACUCGUCCCCCGCCUGCUUCGCCCAGGGCUGGCUCGUGCAGAUCGGGGACGUCGCGUCGGGACUCUGGGUGCUUGCCAUUGCCGUGCACACGUUCAUCAACAUCGUGGGGAGGAGGGCUGUCAAAUACCGGACUUUUGUGAUCGCCGUGGUCCUGGUGUGGAUGUUCAGCUUGUUCCUGACCGUCAUUGGUCCAGUCAAAAGCAAGGAUGAGUUCUUUGUGCCUGCAGGAGCUUGGUGCUGGAUGAACGAAACACACAGGAUGGAGCGGUUGUAUCUCCACUACAUCUGGAUCUUCAUCUCGCAGCUGGGAUCAUUCGUCAUCUACAUCUCCAUCUUCUUCUUCCUCCUUCGAAACAGCUUCGCCGUCUCCAGCAAAAAAUCCCAAGAGCCCGCCGUCCUCACCCUUACAUCCCCUACCGAUUCUCGCACCAGCCCCUUCAAAGAGAGUCCCACGACGACGACGACGAUCAUGUCAACCGGGCGCGAACAGUUCCUCGCAUCCCGAACCCGAAUCCUCAAGAUCGCGAGCUACAUGGUCGUCUACCCCUUCGCCUACGUCUUCCUCACCCUGCCUCUCGCCACCGCGCGAAUCGCGUCCAUGGUCGGCAGACCGCCGCCGCUGGUGUUCUUCCCCGUCUUCGGCGCGUUGAUGGCGAGCUGCGGGUUCAUAGACGUCAUCCUGUAUCUCACGACGCGCAAGGCACUCAUUCACAGCAGCGUCGGCCCCAAACACCAGAGCAGCAGCAGCAAUAGUCCUCCCCGAGCCCAGAACAGCGAGUCGAGGAGCGCGCUGCGCGCUCAGUCUCUUUGGCUGGGCGAUAUGGAGGAUGGAGCCGGCCGGGACGUGGAAAGUGUGCUGUCCGCCACCACCAACGGUGAGCCGAUGGACGGCGCCAUCUUCGUGUCCAGAUCCGUGGUCACGCGAUCCCAUGUCGCGUAUCUGGAUAAAGACUUGCCGAGCACGCCUGGGACGUUACCGCCGAGGCCGGAUUCCGUGCAGAGUACUCUGGUGGCAAGCAAGGACGCUACAGUUAGUCACGGCUCGCAAAAAUGGUCGAGGUGA